AUGUUUAGAAUUGGACGAAUAUUCCCCAUUUCAGUUCCGCCCGCUCAUCCAAAUGCUCUAACUCGAGUAUUCUUCGAUGUUGAGGUCAGCGGUAAUCCAUUAGGUAGAAUAGUAUUUUAGCUUUUUGAUAAUAUUGCUCCAAAGACAGCAACAAACUUUUUGAGAAUUGCUCAAGGAGUUUAAGUAGAUGGCAAGAAGCUUCAUUAUUAGGAUACAUAAAUUCAUAAAAUUCUACCAUUCAGAGGAAUUUGGGGUGGUGCAUUAGGAGGAUCUAUCUAUGGAAAAACUUUUCCUGAUGAAAAUUACAGAAUCAAACAUGAUAGAGUAGGAUUAUUAACAACAUCAAACCCAAAAAUCAAUAGCAAUGAUGCUGGUUUCAUAAUUACUUUGGGUCCUGCUGAAUGGCUUGAUAAAAAGUCAGUUGCUUUCGGAGAGGUUAUUUAUGGGCUUCAACAUGUGAGAGCAAUUGAAAAAUUAGGUGGAUUAUCUGGGGCACCCAAAAAGUCUGUUGUUAUUAAAUAAAGUGGAGUCAUUACUGAACACGAAUAUCAUAAAUAUGAUAUAGUAGAGGAACCAAAUAUUUGGAAUUUGUAAAGUCAUCAUUGA